GUGUGAAUUAGACAACUACGUGUAGUAGUUGUAUUCCACAGUAAUGUGAUGACGCAAAAACGCCAUGGGAUAGCCCAUCCGUCUGGAUAGCGAGGCAGCACUACUACGCAUGCGUAGUGACGAAGAAUCAUGAUAUCGACUGUAAACACAGUGGACACGUCGCAUGAUGACAUGAUUCACGAUGCCCAGAUGGAUCACUAUGCGAGACGACUGGCUACGUGCUCGUCAGACCGAUCAGUGAAAAUAUUUGACGUAACCGAUGGCAAUCAGACUCUAGUUGCAGACUUGAGAGGGCAUGAAGGGCCAGUUUGGCAGAUUGCAUGGUCACAUCCCAAGUUUGGUAGCUUACUGGCAUCUUGUUCUUACGACAGAAAGGUGAUAAUUUGGAAAGAAAUGGAUGGAACUUGGGGAAAGUUGUAUGAGUAUGCCAACCAUGACUCUUCAGUGAACUCUGUGUGUUGGGCUCCUCAUGAGUGGGGACUAUUUCUUGCAUGUGGCUCAUCGGACAGUUGUGUUUCAAUUAUAUGGACUUCUGGUGAUGGAAUGUGGGAGUCUACAAAAAUCAUGAAUGCUCAUUCUAUAGGAGUAAAUGCUGUCAGUUGGGCACCAGCCGUUCAGCCAGGCUCCCUCAUUGAUGCUCCAGGUAGCAGACCAUCUUCUUCUACAGUGAAGAGAUUGGUGACUGGUGGAUGUGACAACCUUGUCAAGAUUUGGAGGGAGGCUGAUGGGCAGUGGUUAGAGGAGGAGAAACUAGAAGGACACACAGACUGGGUUCGUGAUGUGGCAUGGGCUCCAAGUAUUGGGCUACUGCAGUCUGUCAUUGCGAGUUGCUCUCAGGACUGUCAGGUGAUUAUAUGGAGCAGAGAUGAAGUGAAAGGUGGCUCAUGGGCACAAAAAGUGAUACAUAAAUUUGAGGAUGUCGUGUGGCAUGUCAGCUGGUCUGUAACAGGCAAUAUCUUAGCCGUGUCUGGAGGGGAUAAUAAAGUAACACUGUGGAAAGAAUCGCUUGAGGGUCAGUGGGUAUGCAUUAGCAAUGUAGACAAAGGCCAAGGGCAUCAACAGCCACAAAGUGAACAAUAACAUGUAGACUUUAUCUUCUCUGUAGUGCAAGCAAUCAGUUGUCCUGGGAUGUCGUUCUGGAAUGUGUCCGAUGCAAUAUUAUGUGAUAGUUUAAAUAGUUUUUGUGAUCAUUCGUACUGUUAGUUCUACAUGAUUACCGUGUUGGCGUGAAACAUGUACUACUUGUAGUUUAGGCUCAAGAUUACAUUUUGGAUCUAGAAACAGGCCGAAUAAUAUACAACAACUAUUUACAUUGAGCUAGG